AUAUGUAGGGAUCGUAAAAAGGUAGCGACGGCCCUGGCCUCUAAGGCGGGGCUCGUCUGUGCCGCGAAGAGAGAGGUAAGAGGUUGAAUCGGAUUGGAUUGGGGCGCAACUCGCAAGCAAGCGAGCAAGCAAGCAAGCAAACUGGUUUGGUUUUGUGGGGCUUGCACCACUGCAUCGCUCCAUCGGCGAGGCAGUCCAAUUUAUGCAUUACGGCUAUGUAGGCACUACACGAUAUCAAAACUCUCUGCGCCCGGGCCUUACAACUCCAUUUACCAUCUCCGUUACAAUAUUAUCAGAAUUUCGCAAGUGCCUACAAGAACUAAAUUUGCUGUAACCAACGUCCACAUUUGGGUACAUACCAUCAUCCACUUUGUGUUUAGUCGGUUACUACACGCACGUUCGUUCAUUCGCGCGGUGAAACAAAGAAGUCCAAGUGUGUUAAACGAUAUAAUAUAUAUAUUUCGUGAAACGCGUCGCGAUUGUGGUGUUUGAUAAUUAUGAAUUUCAUACCUCGCAAAAGAUCGUGACUGUUUUUGUGUUCGUCUGUUUCUCUAAUUUGGUGCUUCGCUUUACGCAUUUUGCAAAAUUUAGUUAUUGUGAAGAGUUUCAAUCCCGUCAACAGCUAUGGCCGAAGGAAAUGGGGAAAUAAAAAUGGAAGAGAAGCAGUCGAAGGAGGAAAUGGAAUAUACAGAACGGACAGAAGAUUAUACAAAACUAAUCCAAUAUGGACUAGAUGAAAAAGUGGCUGCCAAACUCGAUGAAAUUUACAAGACAGGAAAACUGGCACAUGUGGAUUUGGAUGAAAGGGCAUUGGAUGCAUUGAAGGAAUUUCCAGUUGAAGGAGCUUUAAAUGUACUCACACAAUUCCUUGAAUCGAAUUUAGAACAUGUGUCUAACAAAUCAGCAUUUCUUUGUGGCGUAAUGAAAACAUAUAGGCAAAAAAGUCGUGCUGGUCAAGGUACUGGUACAAGUACAACAUCUAAAGCACCUGAUGAGGAUAAAAUCAAGAUGAUACUUGAAAGAACUGGUUAUCCAUUGGAUGUAACAACAGGACAAAGAAAAUAUGGCGGACCGCCACCAAAUUGGGAGGGCCCGACUCCAGGAACUGGUUGUGAAGUGUUUUGUGGUAAAAUCCCAAAAGAUAUGUAUGAAGAUGAAUUAAUACCAUUGUUCGAAAAAUGUGGGAAAAUUUGGGAUUUGAGACUGAUGAUGGAUCCUAUGUCAGGUUGCAACAGGGGAUACGCAUUUAUCACUUUCACUAACAGGGAUGCUGCUCAAUUGGCUGUCCGUGAGCUGAAUGAUUAUGAGAUUCGGAAAGGGAAAAAGAUUGGUGUUACCGUAUCUUAUAACAAUCACCGCUUGUUUGUGGGAAAUAUUCCAAAGAAUCGAGACCGAGAUGACUUGUUCGAAGAGUUUACAAAGCACGCACCGGGCCUGACCGAGGUGAUUAUCUACAGUUCACCAGAUGACAAAAAGAAGAACAGAGGUUUCUGCUUUCUAGAAUAUGAAUCUCAUAAAGCAGCCUCAUUAGCUAAACGAAGACUAAGCACUGGUCGCAUCAAGGUCUGGGGCUGUGAUAUCAUAGUUGAUUGGGCUGAUCCACAGGAAGAGCCUGAUGAAUUAACAAUGUCCAAAGUUCGAGUGUUAUAUGUAAAAAAUUUAACGCAAGAUUGUUCAGAAGAAAAGUUAAAAGAAUGUUUCGAGCAAUAUGGAAAAAUUGAAAGAGUUAAGAAAAUUAAGGACUACGCUUUUGUGCAUUUUGAAGACAGGGAUAAUGCUGUAAAGGCAAUGAACGAGUUAAAUGGUAUAGAAAUUGGUGGUUCGCGUAUAGAAAUUUCACUAGCUAAGCCUCCAUCUGAUAAAAAGAAGAAAGAAGAGAUUCUUCGAGCAAGGGAAAGAAGAAUGAUGCAAUCAUUGCAAAGUCGUGGCGGAGGGUCUCCAUCCCAUCCAGGCAUGAUGGGAGGCCCAAUGCCAGUUCGUGGUCCUGGACAAGGUCCUAGAGGCACUGGUGCAGGUAUGCGUGGACAAAUGGGACGAGGCGAUUAUGCUCUCAAGGAAAUAGAUUAUGAUUACGACUAUUACGGUUAUGGGGAUUAUCGAGGUGGCUACAGUGAUCCAUAUUACGAUGACUAUUUUCGAUACGAAGAUUGCUAUUUCGAUUAUGCGCCGCCUCCGCCACCUGCCAGAGGGAGAGGCAGGCAGCCUCAACCGGCUGGGCGUGGGCGUGGAGUAGUGCCACGUGGCCGAAUCGGUGGCCCGCAAACCCGUGGGCCGGUCAGGGGGGGACGCAACCCCGCAGCUACAGGGGCCCGUGGGGUCCAGCGGCUGGCCGCUCGUGGGGGGGUCCGCGCCAAGGGAAGUUUACCAGGUGAGGAUGGUAAACGAAAAUUUGACGGGGGUCACCAGAACCAGGGGGAAUCUAAACGUCGCUUCCAGAGCAACUGGGGAAACCAACCCCUCGCCCAACAACCACUGGGCAAUGCGUACGGAUUGGCGAGUGUGAAUGGUGGCAGUGGUGGUGGUGGCGGUGACAUAGGAUUUGGAGGAAGAUCUGCAGCGCUCGGCGGCGUUUCUGGCGAUGAUCACGAAUGGUAUCAAGACUCAUAUCAAUCGUGGAGCUAACUUCUGCGUGUAUGUGAGUGAAUACACACGAACAUACGUAUAUUGAUAUAAACAAAAAAAAAGCGCGUCACAAGAGAUAUAGAAAGUGCGAAAGGGAGAGAGAGAAAGUGAGAGAGUGAGUGAGAGAGAGAGAAAGAGAGAGAGAAAGAGAGAGAAAUAGCAUGCAGGGUUAAACAAAAAAAUGAAGUUUAGAAAAAAAUGAAAAGUUAGCGCAGAAGAGAGGUUUACGACGAGAAAGAGAAAUCAAUCUGUACUAUUAAUUCUUUUUAAUCGGAAUUAUUGUAAAUGUUUUCACAAGAAAAUGAAACAAAAAAAAGGGAGAAAGAGAGAAAGACAAAAAAAAAUAUAACGGAGUUCGUGCUCUGCGCCACCACCAUCGCCCGCUGUUGUUGUGAUUAUGUACAGUGAUGUGCCACUGGGACUAAUUAUUACAUCGGAGUGACCACCCACCCACCCCGUACUAUUAUUAUAUUACGAUAAUACUAAUACUAAUAUUAAGUACCACUACUGCAUUGUCACAUUGUUUACUGCCAAGUGUUAAAGAACAGCGAUGUUGACAUUCGGAUUGUGAUGGCUCGUAUUAAUUAAGAGAACUCAUGGAAGCCUGCGGUUUUUAUUAUGCGAUGAGACUAGAUUUUUUUUGAAUCUAUGCAAUGAUGAAUGAGUAACGUGUGCGUUUUAGAUAGAGUUUAUAGUUGUGAGGAGAUUUUUGAGGAGGAGGUGGAGGAGGAGGGGAGGGGAGGAAAGAAAAGAAACAAAAAAGUUCAGUGUGAAAGUAAAUAAGUGUGUAUGUAAGAGGCACAACGUGAUUGAAAAGGAAAAAUAAAGCGCCAAAGGAAUGAUAAAAAAAGGAGGAAGAAUGUUUAGGGGCGUGGUUAGAUAGGAAAGGCGCGAGCCAUUAACGAGUGAAUGAGUGGGAGAGAAUGUGAUAAACGUAUGUGUGUGAAAUCUUGAACGAAUUCGCUUAUAGAGCGGGGAUUAGAAAAGAUGAUAAUAAUAAUGAAAGAAAAAGAGAAAGAGAGGCCGAGUAACAGUUGGAAGAGAAAGGGUGUCCUUUAAAAAGGAGCGUGUCUUUUUUGUGUGCGUAUGUGUGAGUGGUAGAGCGCGCCAAGCGCGCGGCUAGACCUUCUAUUGUUGGUCUAUAAAUGUGUACAGUCAGUGAAACUAUUAUUAUUAAGGGUCGGGCAAGCUUUGCGAAAGUAGAAAAAGCGAAACGUUUGUUAGCCAAUGGCUCUGCGGGUAUCUCCCAGGUUCGUUCGGUUAUGAGAUAUAGUUAUGACGAGAAAGGAAAAAAAGAGAUCUAUUUGGUCAAAAGUAUUGCUCAUGAUUGAGGAAAAAAAAAAGAAGAAAAAAACCCACUUGUACAGUAAAUUUUUUCAAUGGCAGUAUCGGAAGUAUAGCGAGGGUAAAACUCGGAUCUAAAUUAUAUUUGUAUUUAUUUGUUGAUGUGUUUUUUAUAAUGAAAAGAGGAAGUUAAAAAAAAUCCGUUGACGGCUAAGAAAAAAAAAAAAAAAAAAGUAGGGAGAAAAAGAAAGAGAGAAAGUGGAUAAGGAAUUCUGGAAGAAACCUUUUCUAAUUUUUUAGAUAAAAAAACAAAAAAAAAAAAAUAAGAAGAAAAAGAAAAAAAAAAGAUGUUAGUUCGCCCAAUUAUUUUUAUUUUAUUUUUUAUUUUUGCCAAAUGCACAGAAAAUGUUUUUAACGAUUGAUAUUGACUGGCUAGAAAUUUGAUGAUUUAUAGUUAUGAAUCGAAGUAGGAUUACAAAAUGUACGCAAAAGUUUUAAAAUGCAUGAACACAUACAGCACACGUUUUGAGUGUUGACUUGUUGUUAUUGUUAGCCUGUUAGUUAAUUAGUAAGAGUUGUAAGUGCGGGCUGUAGUUGGUCCCUGUCCCUGGAGCCCAGACACCCCCUGUUCUGGAGAUUAUUUGAAAAGGAUAAAAAGAGCAUACGCAAAACAAUUUAUAUUUUACACGCACCCCCCGAACACGAAGUUAAAUAAAAGAAAGAAAUAAAGAAAUAAAGAAAUAAAGAAAUAAAGAAAUAAAAAAAAGAAAAAAAGAGAGAAAGAAAGAAAGAAAAAAGGAAGAAAAAAAAAGAAAGAAAGAAAAUUAUAAUGGACGACUGCAUAUCAAACCUCUGCUGUUUAAUUGCACACUAAUGAAACGAGGCUUUCGUAUUAUAACGUUAGCCUAAUUUGAUAUGAAAUAAUAUCAGUAGGAUGGACGAAUAAUCAUGCGAUCGAAAUAAAUCGGUUAUAAUGACGUGUAUCCGCCAUUGACUACCCGAAUAAGAUUUAUCUGAAUAUCGUGUUAUGAGAAAGCACAUGAGAUAAAUGGUCUUACACAUAACGAAAGUAUGAAACAAAUAGACGUAACCAUGGACAAAAUGUCUGGAUGAUAAUCGAUUGCUCGCAAACCCUCGUAUUUAUGAGCAUUUUGUUAAUUUUUAUUCAUGUUUUACUUAAGUCUAGUUUUUUUUUGUCGUCGUCGAUACCGUUUUGUUAUUGGCGAUUUAAGCAACAUCUAGUAGUAAUCAUUAACUUCUCCUCUCCAUUCUUACUUCCUGUCCCCAAUUCACGAUCAUUGUUUAAAAAAGAAAAAAGAAAAAAAAAAGAAAAAAAAAACUACCAAUCCCAAGAUCAAAAAUAUUACAUUAAUAACCAUUGCCAUCUUUCAUUCCUCCUGUCCCCCUUUUUACUCAUUAUCCAAUUACCGUAUUUUAUAUCUACCUACCUAUUCUACUUACCUACACACAUCCUAUUUAUAAAAGCAUAAUAUCGAGGAUAUAAUACUAUUAAUAUUAACAAUAUAAUAAGGAUGAUAUUGCUAAUCAUACUGAGUGGGUUUUUGUGACAUGAUAAUAUUUCAAUAUUAAAAAAAAAAAAAAAAAAAAAAAAAAAGAAAAAAAAAAAGUAAUUCUGGUUUCUCCGAAAUUGUAAGUAAAGGAUGAUGGUAUAAAAGCAAGGAAAAAAAAUAUAUUGUAGAAUGGCAAAGAUAGAGAGUUUCGGCUUGCGGGGGCAAGGAAGCUUAACUGGCAAAAGCGGAGGCAGUUCACGGUGACGAGACUUUAGACUGAUCUAGGUACUAGCGUUACGAUAUUGGCCCCGCCCCGGCUUAUAAGGCGCCCCAAAAGUAUCACUCACCUCCUCUUUUAUACUCUUACCGGUGUGGCAGCUGGGGUGCCUGGGGGGUUGUCGGUCGCAUUUAGGAUAAUGCACCACUGUGGCUGGCGAUGCUAUGGCCACACACGCGCCCUUUUACCCGGCCAAUGCCCUAAUUCGCGGUUUACACAUCCUUGGGAAACUUGACUCUUUUUGGUUGGCCCGUAUCAGGCGGAUGUUGUGUGAUUUUUGGGUCGAUCAAUUUAUGUUAAUUACGACCCAAAGACGUGUUUUUUAAUUAUAUAUAAAUAUAUUAUAUAUUAUAUUCCUGCGAAUAUGCAUUUUGUGACGUGAUGUUAUUUAGCAGUAAUAAGAAAAGGAAAAAAAAUAUGAAACAAGGGAAAAAGAAAAAAGAAAACAUCUAAAAAAAAAAACAAACAGAACGAACGAACGAACGAACAUGUUAUGUUUCGCGCCACAUGUCAGCUCCACGGCUAUAUCAAAAAUCGAAUAGACCAGAAAUUUUUACAACCAAAAAUUCUUAUCUCAUUACUGGAUCAUGUUGUUCAAAUUUAUAUAUAUAUAUAUUUAUAUAUAUAUAUAAAUUUCUUUUUUUUCUAAGUUAUCCAUCUACCAAUUGCUUUGCUUUUUUUUUUUAAUUUCCCGCAAUUUAAAAGUUGCCUCUAAUUUUAGUGUGACGUAGUUAAACAUAAUGAUUAAUAACGAAUUUAAAAAACAAUGUUAAAAUGGUUCCUUUUUUCGGGCUAGGAGCUUGAUUUAAAGUGUCAAAGAUUUUUGUGUAUGACCAGAUGUAUUCUACAUGUCUCAAUAAACAGUUGUAUGUGAAUUACCUUUCAUAA